GACGCAUAUAAAUUGAGAGUUGAGACUAGACAAGCAGUAGAUCUUCAUAAACAUUUAGGUUCUUGAAACAUGAACGUCGUUAAAGCUGGAUUUCUUGAGAAAUUAAGUGGUGGGUUAAAACGUGAAUGGAAGAAACGAUAUUUUGUUUUGUAUCAAGAUGGACACCUUGUGUAUUACGAUAAACCAGGCAGUGAACAUUGUAAGGUUGCUUUCAACGUAAAAAGCCGUAAAAGAAUAGAUUAUGGAAAUGAGAUAAAGAAAAAUCUACAGCAUAAGUCUCCUGAUAGAGUCCAAUGUAUGUUUUACAUUCGUUCAUCAGUAAAGAAUUUCUGCCUUCGUGCCGAAAACGAAGAAGAAGCCAGAGAAUGGGUGCAGGAACUUAAUAAAAUACCCCAAAUGCCAAUUACAUUUUCGAAGCGUAGGGGUUCAUCGUCAAGAAGUGGGUUUCAUACAGGUCAUGCGGGUGGUUUCUUUGGUGGAUUAUUUGGUGGAUUCUCUGGUGGAUAUGGAGGUGGAGGUGGAUUUAAUGAUUGUUGUGAUUUUGAUUGAAAUUGAAGAAUAAGACUGAUGUAUUUGUGAAAUGUAUACUUUGAAUAUAAAAUUAAUCAUUAAUUUUAGUUUAGCAUUCAUAGUUCAGAAAACAAUAUGUUUGUAUUGAAUUAAAAUUUCCGCCAAGGAAUGAAUUAAGAUUUUCAAAGAAAAUAAAGAGAACAAUAAUUUUAAAAAAA